AUGAGGCUUAAUCGACAAUCUCUAAGACCCAAUGCUAUGUCGGUGUCCGAUAGUUCCACUUCAUCAAUCUCCUUUUCCGAUAGCUUGAUUUUGAGCAUUCUGAAGCGAGAUGAAGGGGACAAAAGAAAAGAAAGAGACGAAACAAAUGACACUAGAGGAAGAUCGGCUGAGGAUAGAAGAGGACUAGAAGAUCUAGAAAGAGCACCCACCGAAGCUCGGACCAUCUCAGUCGCUGUCGACCCCCGUGUCAAGAUGUCCAAUAGGGCUAUCUCCGUUGUCAUCCCGUUUACUGUCAUCCUCUGUGGUAGCCGGGCCACCACUGUCUGA